UAGAAGCGUCAUUGUCGUCUGGUUAUUCAGACGAUUCGAAGUAGUAUUUCGGUAUCGAAGCAAGAAACUCCUCCCGUGACGAGUCAUGAAGCUGCUGGCUUUCUUCGCCCUCUUCGGCGUGCUGGCGUACGCCUCGGCGAUCGCGCUGCCUGACGUUUACGACGGACCGACUUAUGAACUGCAACCCAUCGAUGGAUCCGACACGUCGUCGGACAUUGGCUCCACCCGAAUGCGUCGGCUGACCUGCGACGUGUUUUCCUUCCAGUCUCAGUGGGUAUCCCCCAACCAUAGUGCCUGCGCGAUAAAGUGCGUGUUUCAAGGUCGAAAGGGCGGUACUUGCCAGAACGGUGUCUGCGUCUGCAGACGCUAAGCUCGUCGUCGACUUCCCGGUACGUCUCUUCGGCCACCGUCAUCGUACACUCCGGAUCCACGCACUCACGCCGUUCGCUUCCGUGGCACCGACUACGUCGCUCGCCGUAGCCGCUGCGUCGUCCUUAAGAUUAAUCAUCGCGAUCGAUCGCUGACCUGCGCUCGAAACGGGUGUCUUUGUCUUCCUCGCCGUUUCUCUGUCCCUCGGUGUGCGUGUGCGUACGAGCGCGAGUCUGUGUAAACUUGACAAAAUCGAUAUCGCCGUCUCGUCGAUGAAAAUUGUUUGAUCGUCGUCUUCGCCGGUCUGUCAUUUGAAUAAUAGCUAAGCUUUUUGCGUUGAUGCGAUGCUAACGAAAAUUGAUUACCGGCGGUUAUUAACGAGAACAGCCGGUUGAUCGUUUAACCUAAUGGAACGAGUGACAAUGUCGAAGCACAAUAUCGGUUACGGCGAGUGUAUGAGAAAAAGAUUAGAGAACAUUAGAGAUCAUGAGACUAAGACCGAACGUAGUCCCGCGGAAAGUGUCUCGACGUACUCAUGUAGCGUUUUAUGCACCAUCAUUCCGAACAAUACCAAAAAUUGGUCACUCAGCGAUAGUACCCACUUUUACAUACACACACGCACUGUUUUUAUUAUACAUUUACUUUUUUACUGUACAUUUAUUUAUACCACUGAAUAUAAUGUAAGUUUGUGCAAAUUGCUCGUGUGUUCCACCGAGUCUGCUCAACUUACGCAAACUUGUCCCCUCACAGAGUAUAAUUAGCAAUAAAAAAAAAGUGUGAAUAUAUAAUCAGAAAGUAUGGUUCGAUUUUUUAUGUCUUUCCCGACGGCAAAUCGGUAAAUUAUUUUCCUCUUCGAUAAAGGUGAUUCGCUUCGAAUGCUGCUAGAACAUUGGCGAAGGAUUAUGGAAAACAUAAUGAAGUCUUUAGUACCAUAAAAUGGUGCACAAAAACGCGUCAGGUUUUACAAAGUUUAUAAAGCUUAUAAAUUAAAUAGACCAUAUUUGACUCAUUAAAGGCCGUAAUUAUUUCGCAGACUUUUGUAAUUAAAGUUUGCGCUCUCUAGCGCGGUCUGUUUAUUUUCUCAGAAGUCUCAGUUUCUCAGGACUGUCAGAACUGUUUUUAUCGAAGAUAUAGAUGUCAUUAAAAAAAAAAAAAUUAGCUGGAGGGAAAACAUAAAAAUAAAAAUUGUAUAUUUCUCGAGUGAUUUUAUCCAAGAAAAGGAAAACGUCUCGUAAACGAAACACUGCUCGCUGAAAAGUUAAAGCCAAAUUUUAUUCGACAAUCGAACCGAUCUUCUUGACUGACCCAACACCCACGACAAACGGCUGAUCUAUUAUAUCAUAGCAAAACAUAAGUGAUUCAACCGAAAAAAUUCUAUCAAUUGCGAUUGUCAAUAUCGACCGUGCUUCUUAGCAGAUAGCAAAUUCACCCGAAACGUUUUUCGACAUGUCUUCGCGAUUUUUACGCUACAACCUCGCGAAAUGUAUUGGAUUGUACAAAUAAUUUCAGAUUUUCUAUCGGAAAAUCUAUCAGAAAAGGUCCCAAAUAACGUAUUACACUAUCCAAUAUACCGCACGCGAAUUGACCGCUCUACACAGUAAAAAACAUUUUGUACUUAUUUUGUACUUAUGUCAAAAAAUACGUCCUUGUUAUCAUUUUUUAUUAAAUUUUUAACAUACAUAAAAAUUUUUAACAUAUA